GUAUAUCGCCUCACCUCGUCAAAUCAUCUACCCGUAGCAGAAUCUAGAAUCGCAUUUAGACAGAAAACCGCAGUAGCCACCCUGCAAGCCUGUUACUAUUUAUUCUUAUUACCUACCUAAGGUAGCUGACGAAAGACUUCCUGCAGUAACACCAACUAACUUAUUUCUCUCACGAAGCAACCUAAAUUAAAUACUUGCAUCUCUACAGAACAUCCAUACAUUUAGUUACUCUCCUUCUCCUUCGCAACAUCAAAACCCCUCCUCACCUAUCAUAAGGACCCCGCUUCCUCGUGCAAGUAGAUCGAUCAACCGAUCAACCGCUGAACACUUCACACCUCCAUAUUAAUAAUAUAGACAAAUCAACUUCAGCUUCUGCACGCAUGGCUGAUUUCACUGCUCCUUCCGGCCCGCCGCCUCCCAAGGUCCCUGAUGGUUGGGUCGCCCGCUGGAACGAUCAAUACCACGAAUGGUUCUACGUUAACACCUACACCAAGAAAUCACAAUGGGACAGACCUACCGAGCCAGCCGUAGACCCUAACCGCCACGAUGACGGCGCGCCCCCCGGUCCUCCUCCGGGCUACACGCCAGGCUCCGGACCCUCGCCUACCGACUCCAAGAAUAACCCCUUCGUGAACGAGUCAACGAAGCCUGGGUACGGAUCUAGCUCACAUGCGAACGAGGACGCAGACGCUCGGUUGGCCCGCCAGCUACAGGAGGAAGAGAACGCGCGCACUAGAGGUGCCGCCCAGUCCUACGCUAGCACACCCACACCGCCCCAGGGCUAUUCGCCAUAUCCCGAUCAGCUGCCUCCGCGCUCAUCCGGCGGCAGCAACCCUGCCGACAAAGCAAAGGGCCUGUUAGGCAAGUUCUUCGGCGGCGGCAAGAACAAGCCGCACGCCGGGUACCCAGGCCAGCAGCAAUACGGCGGACAGUCGCAAUACAGCCCGCAGCCCCAACAACCCUACGGCGGAUACGGUUCUCCCCCUCCCCCUCAGCAAGGGUACUACAACGGUCCUCCACCUCCACAGCAAUACGGCGGCUACGGCCCGCCUCCAGGCCAGUACGGCGGAUACCCUCCCCAAGGCGGUUAUCCUCCGCAGGGCGGGUACUACGGGCAGCAGCAACCGCCUCAGAAGAGCGGAGGCGGCAUGGGCAUGGCGGGAGGCGCGGCGCUGGGUGUAGGUGCGGGAUUGUUGGGCGGUGUGCUGAUUGCGGAUGCGAUCAAUGAUGAGCAGCAGGAAUCGUAUGCGGAGGGCUAUCAGGACGGCAAUGAUGGCGGCGAUUACGGCGGUGGCGACUUUGGUGGAGACUUCUAGACGCUGCGUUGCGUUGCGUUGCGUUGCGGUAUGUUUUAAAGCAAAUAAGCAUACAUCGAAUGUUUUCUUCGCGUUUGUUUUUUAUCAUCAGCUCGGGUGAGGGACGAUGAUAGGAAGGCUAUGCGGCUCGGAUAAGACAGACAGACAGACAAGACUCAUACUAGGCAUUAGGAGGCGUUGAUUAUGAAUGACAGCAAGAAUAAUAGUAAGGACAAUAUCGAGAAAGGAAGGGAUAGGGAGAGAACUUGAAGUCGAGAUCGACUCGAUGCUUGGGUCUGGUACAUACAUAUCAUAGGUCUUGCGGCAAUAGCGCAUAAAGAACGCUCGUUCUGGGUGCUUAGGUGUAGCAAUGCGAUGGCAAUUUAAUCCCUACAACUGAACGAAUACAACUUCAAGCAUCUCA